AUGACUCAAAAUAAUAAGAAAAUAAAUAUAAAUCAAUAUAGUAUUGCAUUUUGUGAUGAAGAAGGUGUUAGAAUAGAAUAUUUUGAUGAAAAUUAUAUUUGUAUUAUCAAACAAAUAUAUAUUAAAAUUCCAUAUAUUAAAUCAAUAUGUUUAAUUAAUGAAAAAACUAUUGGAUAUUGUUGUUUUGCUUCAAAAGAUACUUCACCAUGUACAGUUUAUAUUCAUAAAUUUGAUAUACAAGAAAGAAAAGCUAAUAGUAAUCAUGCAAUUAUUUAUAAAGAUGAUAUUAAUUCUCAUUUAAAAAGACUUAAUUUUAAACAAGAAAUAAAAUGGGUUCAAGUUUAUGAUAAUGAACUUUAUGUACUUCUUGAAAAUAAUUUAAUAGAACUUUCAAUUAAAGAUUUUUCUAUUAAAUGGAAUAAAUUUAUAGAAAAUUCAUCAUUUGUUGAAAUUGGAUUUCCUAAUAACAGACUUAUUGCAUCUACAAUUAAUGGUAAUACUAUUAAUUUUAUAUCAACAAUUCCUAUUACAACAUUCCCUUUUAAUAAUUGUCAAAAUACUAUUAAAUUUAUAAAAAUUAUGAAAGAUAAUACAGCAUUUAUUGGAAUUGGAGAUACAGGAAUUAUUCAUAGUUUUAUAAUGAAAACAAAUAAUCAAAUAAUUUUAAAAUUUGAUAAUAAUUAUGAUGAAUGUAUUUUUAUUGAACAUAUUGCAAAUUAUUAUAUUGUUUGUGUUUCAAAUAAUAUAAGUACUAAGAUUAUGGCAUUUGAUAAUAUAAAACCAGGACCAAAUAAAGCAAAAGAUUCAUUUGAAUUAGAUAAAUCAUAUUUACCAUGUUGUAGUUUUGUUAAUGAAAAAGAAAAAUUUAUAGCUAUUAUUACAAAGAAAUCAGUGAUUUAUUUUACAAAUGAAUUUAAAUUUAAAACAGAAAAGAAAAUAAAAUUAGUUAAAAUUUAA